AUAAAUAUUUUUCUGGGAAUUGACCCGAGGUCGGCCAAAUAGUAUAUAGUACUGUACUGUACAAGGAAUUUACCAUUUCUUAUUUCGCCUUCAACCGAAUAGUGCGACAUAAGUUUGUUUGAAAGUUACUGUUAACUUUUUGGAAGCAAAACAAAACGGUUUAAACUCCAUAUACUUUACACUAUGGCAGUAGUUCGAUGGAUUGGUCGUUUCUUGUUGUUCAGCAUUCUGGUCGCUCAAGCCGCUAUAUUUUCACACUAUGCAAGCUUUUACUUAAAGAACGACAAUCUUUAUGCUUUGGUUCUGCUUAUUCUUCCAGUGAUUGGCAUUUAUAUUUUUCUCAUGGCAGAAAAUACUAAACAGCUCAAUUGGCAGUGGCUGAUAUGGCUAGUCUAUGUAAUCUUUGUUCUUGUGCCCAUGGUGAUUCUCCUCUUCCGAAUCGAUUUCACUAAGAAACUUGACAAGAACGACUUCUUUGGGCCAAACUUUCUCAAGAUCACAAUAUGCGGAGCUCCAGCUAUCGCAGUUUUCCUUUUAACGACAGCAAAGGACUCCCAAAAGUACGAAGGCGCAGUGGCGCAGUUAUGUGGGUCGAUCGCUCUGGAUUCAUUUGACGAACUGGAGUUGUUAGAAAUGCUACUGCACCAAGAGAUAGCUUCCCAUUUCACGUCCGGCAUUGAAGUAAGCAUCAUAUUUUUUGUCUGCAUCAGCUUUUUUCUGACAGCUUAUGAAAUGGCAGAAAAUAAAUUCAUUGUGGACGAUGUGGACGAUGCCGAUGAGCACGGCAAGGUGGAACUUCGAGGUCAGAGCGUGUACAUUCUAAGACUUAUCUUUCAAAUGAUGUUCGUCAAUAUCCCUCUGUUGACAAUUCGUCUCUAUGUUUGGAGGAAAUACGGACACGAUGCAUCAAUCUUCAUCGCUAAAAAUGCCAUCAUUAUCGUCACUUCAUCGAUGGAAGUUAUAAGAGUAAUCAUUGAAAACAUUUGCAAAUGAAGACCAGUGCAAUACAAACUGAUUUCAAAUCAGGGGAAUGUAUAUAUUUUAAUACAAGUUAAUUGCUACCUUUGUAAUGACACAGUAAUACAAACGAAAAAAAUAUUAUAGAUUGUCAUUUUCAAGAAAUUCUCACUGCUAACUAUCGACGUAUAUUAUACUAGUAAGUGCCUAACUUUCCUAGCUGCUUGUUGUACCAAGUCAUGUAUAUUCUCAUAUGACACCUAGUUCAGUCAUGCAUAAUGGACUAUCCUAUUCUUAGUGAUGCACGUACAGUACGUACAUAUAACAUAUGUACAUAAAUAUAUGCACACAGAUAAAUAAAUACUUUUAAAAACCUUAGCACUGAAACUAGUAUCAGUAUUUACAAACAGCAUUCUAGUUCAAGAUUAAUAAAGUUAUCAUUGCUAACUUCUA